AUGAGAAGGGCGGAUUCUGCUGCUCGAGGUCCACAUACUUUUCUGGAAGCUUGGUGCCUGGUAAACUAAACUGUGGAGGUAUCGGGGGGGAUUUGAAUGUCGGUGGACGUCUCAGUCCUCUCCCUCUUGUUCGUAUACACCGCCGGAGGCCAUCGCUCAGACGGCAGUUAACCACGAUCGGUGUCAAGCUAGCCAAGCGGGAGCCAUGCCCGUCCCCGCUGGAUACGUCAGCGACUCCCCGGCCGCGGCCUUCACAUCCUCGGCCUCGCUUACUCCGCCGCCGCCGAUAAACACCCAGCAGCCCGGUGUUGUCACCUCACUGCUGUACAGCGGUUCCAAAUUCAGGGGCCACCAGAAGAGCAAAGGGAACUCUUACGACGUGGAGGUUGUUUUGCAGCAUGUCACCAUGGAGGAUUCCUACUUGUGUGGCUACCUGAAGAUAAAAGGACUGACUGAGGAAUACCCAACUCUGACCACGUUCUUCGCCGGAGAGAUCAUUAGCAGGAAGCGGCCGUUUCUCACGCGGAAAUGGGACGCAGAUGAGGAUGUGGAUCGUAAGCACUGGGGCAAGUUCCAGGCUUUCUUCCAGUAUGCCAAGACAUUCAACUCGGAUGAUUUCGACUAUGAGGAUCUGAAGAACUCUGACUAUAUUUUCAUGAGGUGGAAGGAGCAGUUCCUGGUCCCCGACCACACAAUAAAAGACAUCAGCGGAGCUUCCUUUGCUGGAUUCUACUACAUAUGCUUCCAGAAAUCCACAGCAACGAUCGAGGGCUACUACUAUCACAGGAGCUCUGAAUGGUACCAGUCUCUAAACCUCACCCACGUUCCCGAGCACAGUGCAGCCAUCUAUGAGUUCCGGUGACCCCGGCUGGCAUCGUGGAUCUUUUCUUGAUGGACAGAGACUUGAGGCAAAGCAGAGGUCUGCAGAUGCUACCGAGAAUGAAAAAGGAGAACGACCAGGGAUGAGAAUUUGGGAAUUUGGAGCAAAGCAAACUCAUACAUGUUCCCAAUAAGUGGAAAGACAGUGGAUCGACCAGUGGACGGGAUAUCGGACAAAUGAAUGUAUUGAUGAGACAAGAAGAACGGAACAAAGAGCAGUUGUGCUCCCUGGCUGGAGCUUGUAAACUAAAAACCAGCAGCAGAGACUGGGCCUGGCUCAUAUAGUAUACCCCUUUUUUCUUCUUGAGUUUUAACUUCUGGUUUUAAAAACGCUUAGCGCAGUAUCUCGAGACACUUUGUAAACUGAGUAGGGAAUUCCCCUUCUUGUUUUGCAACUAGAAACGUCUCCAGCUUUCAUCCAGCCAAUGCCAAGUAAGCAGCAUAAACACAUUUGACUACUGUUGGACAAGGAUUCCUCUGAGGGGUCUGCUCUACACGAUCUCUAAAGAAGUAAACCACCAAGUCUGUGAGGAAGAAAAGCACGAGAGUAGUUUGGGUUCAUGAUUAAUUGGAGCUUUAAUCAGCCCAUAAGCUAGAAUGGCAGUAUUUUUUGAGCUAAGCUGGGUCUUUGUUGGCCUGCCAAGGGGAUAUUUUGUUAUUUUACUCUAAAUGAUGGAUUCAGAGUGGCACUUUUAAAGGCUGCAAUGUGAGUAACAAGCAAAACGAGCUUCACCCCCCCGUGUUCAUCCACCUGCUGGGAGAUUAUUAUCAACAUGUGAUUGCUGUGGAUCUUGUUCUAUUGCGUUACAUUUGCACAAAGAUGGACUAUAUGUUACUAAUGCUUGCAGUCAGGAUUUACACUCACGUGCCCUAGUACACUAUGUGGCAGGACAACCUCUUUAACUAGGUUUUAAGGGUUUGACUGCAUGGGGAGUUCAGAGCCAAAACAAUCACAUAAAAGUAUUCAAAAAAAAGUAUUUUUACUUUGCACUCUGCAUUAAACAAAGACCUUUUUAUUCCCACAUUUGUCAUUUUAAAUGAAGAUCCCCCUCUAUUCCUACAUUUCUGUCACCUCGACUAUGCAACACUUUCAACAUAGCACUAUAUAAACAUUAAACCUGCAGUUUUCAGAGACAAAAUUUAUUCUAUCCUCAUAGUAUAUGAAAAAAAAAGAAUCUAUCUUCAUGAAAGGAAAUAUUUUUGUUAAAUGCCAAUGAAAACACUCCCUGAUCAUGUUCCCUUCCCACGUGAUGGUGCCAUCUUUCUAAAGCUUAUCAGAGUUGUAUUAUAACAGUGUGUUUUUUUUUUUUUGAGAAUUUGAUUGACGGUGUGACUGUAAAGAAUGGAUUUUAAAAAAUCAUAUCAAAAUACCUUUCACUGUGUCUUGCUUGUUUGACCAAUAUACUACAUCAUUUUUUUAUGUGAUUAAAUCAUAACACACCCUCAAGUUAAUUAUUAUUACUCAUUUUAAAGUCUAAAACAAACUGCAUUGUAUACAGAUAAAUAACAAUUCAAAGUAUUUGUCAACACUGUUAAACAAAUUAUUUCCUCAAUUAAUAAAAUGGAUUGUGUACUUGAAUGUAAAAAGAAGAGUCAUGAUGCUGCCCUGGUUGAACAUUUGAAUAGGAACACUUUUAACCCUGCACUGUCCUCUGGUGUGCUAAACAUUUCACACACUCUUUGUUGUUUUAGCAUGAA